AUUCGUCGUAAAGAUCUCGUCGGCAUUUUAUUCCAUUCGGUACAGCACACACAAAAAAUAUGUUCGUUGGAUUUCAUAUUAAUACGAGAAUAAAAAUUGUGUUCAUAAAUAAUAACUGAGUCUUAAAAGAUUAAACAUUUUAAAAAUAAACAGUUCAUGUCGCAAGCAACAGCUCAUCUGUCCCUAUAGUGAUAUUGUGUCUGGCGAAUUGAUUGCUUAUUUUUAAUUUAAACGCGCAACAACAUUCUACGAUUCUGUUAUGGUGUAACAUUAAUUUACCAAUUGAUGUGCAACAGUGAAAAUAAAGAGAAUACAAUAAAGUGGAGACAUACAUAACCUCUCGUUAUUCCGAAGUUGAACAAUUUCAUUUGGAGACAUUACAUCUCGCUCUAAAGCCACAGAUUCAUUAAUAAAAUGAGCGCGAUUGAGAACAAUGUUCGAAUCGAUUUUCAGUGAAUAUUCAGGAAAACCUUCGUAUAAGUUGCUUCCACAAAAUGAAACAAAUAAAAUAAUUGAAUCGGACGAAAUGACUGACAUCAACUUAUCUACGAUGGACAUCAGCAGUUACUCGGAACUUGUUGGCUCUAAGAAGAGGAGACCCUACAAAAAAUACCUCCUCAUAUCGCUAAUAUUUUUAAUUAUCAUUGGAAUACUUGUGGUGGUUGUGGUCUACGUAACGAAAGAUCCACCAUCCGAUGAUACGACCACUACCUCUUCUUCAUCUACUGUAACUCCUGCACCAACAAAUCCGCCCGUCGCUUCGGCCAUCACACUCGAAGAUAUAUUAGAUAACAAAUUGUAUGCCAGGCGAAACAACGCAACUUGGAUAUCAGACACAGAACUACUGUAUCGAAACGCUAAUGACGACUUGGUAAAGUACAAUGUCGCAACGAAAGCGCUUAAAAUAGUUUUGGGAAUCCAGGAGAGCAUAUUGGCGCAAGCAUUCAGAUAUACACUAUCACCUGACCAGAGAUAUUUGAUGAUAGAGAGCAAUCCGUUGAAGAUAUACCGGCACAGUACCGAAUCGAAUUAUGAUGUUGUCGACUUGGAGUCGACCGGUUUCAACGUAUACUCCGUUCAGGCUACAUCACUAAAUGGAACAGUGAAUAGCAGACUUCUUCUCGCCGAAUGGGCCCCAACUGGUAGUUCAAUUGUAUUCGUAGCAAAUGACCGUAACAUCUACUACAAGCAAAGCGUAACAUCGGCUCCAAUUACUAUCACUGAUGAUGGUGGUCCAGUCAUUUUCAAUGGUGUCUGUGAUUGGGUGUAUGAGGAGGAAGUUUUCUCUUCGAAGACCGCGUUAUGGUUCUCACCGGAUGGAACCAAGCUGGCAUACGUUCAAUUUAACGAUACUGAAGUUCAAGUGAUGCAUUUACAAAUCUAUGGACCACCUGGUUCGAUUCAAUACCAAUACGUUCAUCUAGUGCCAAUGCAUUAUCCAAAGGUUGGCACAAGAAAUCCAACAGUGAAAUUGUAUUCCGUUAAUUUGAGCGGACUUACAGUCGGUCAACCCGUUCCAAAGAAUGAAAUAUCGGCUCCCGAACCUGUAAGGGAUGUCGAAAAUAUAGUCACUUCGGUUGCUUGGCAGAAUAACGACACGGUCAUAUCGGUUUGGAUGAAUCGAGUUCAGAAUCAGGCUUACCUACAGAGCUGUGUCAACAGCAACUGCAAUCUGUUCAAAUCAAUUACAUCUCCUGAUGGUUGGGUUGAGUUAUACAAUGCCAUUACAGUCAAGGAUGACGGAACACAAUUUGCAAUCAUCGCUUCGCAGUCUCAGGGUGACGCUGGUGGUUAUAGACACAUUACACUGUUAACAACCAGCAACGCAAACGAGGUGGUUGUAACCAGUGGAAGGUAUGUGGUCACUGGAAUACUCCACUGGGAUGCCCCAUCAAACAUCAUAUUCUACUCGGCCAAUCAAGAAAGCCAAUCCGAAAUCCAGCACAUCUAUGCAAUCAAAGCUUUGGCCGGUGAAACACCGCAAUGCCUAACCUGUAACAUUGUCAUCGAUGGUGUUCCGCAAACUUAUUUCUCUGCCGAAUUCAGCAAAACCGGAAACAGUUUCGUACUGAGUCGUGAAGGACCAUCUUUGCCGAGUGUUGAUGUCUACGUUUGGCAAGUGGAUGCCAAUUCGGUGGUUACGAUUCAGACUCAAGUGGAGUGGGACAGAAAUGAGGAGGUAAAACAAAUACUAGCGGACGUAUCGACACCGACCAUUCGACAUUUAACCGUUGAACUCAGCCAUGGAUUCAGUGCCAAAGUGAAAUUGCAACUACCGCCUGGUGCUGAUUUGUCUGGUAGGAUUAAGUAUCCGAUGUUGGUGUAUGUGUACGCUGGUCCAGAUUCGUACAACGGAUACGAUAAGUGGGAAAUGGAUUAUGGCAGCUAUUUAGCCUCAAACAAAUCGAUUAUCUACGCUCACAUAAACGGCAGAGGCUCGGGCAACAGAGGCGACAAAUUGUUGAAUCAAAUUUACCGGAAAUUCGGAACGGUCGAGGUGGAUGAUCAAAUUGAAACAGCAAAGAAACUACCAGACGUCCUCAAUUACAUCGAUAGAGAGAAGGUAGCAAUUUGGGGAUGGUCUUAUGGAGGCUAUGCAGCUGGUAUGGCAUUAGCUAAAGACACGGAAGGAGUGUUUAAGUGUGCAGCGUCAGUUGCUCCUGUUACUGAUUGGACUUAUUAUGAUUCCAUCUACACCGAACGAUACAUGGGUCUUCCCGGUGCCGACAAUGGCGAAGGUUACAACGAGUCCCGACUGAGCACACUGGCCGAAUCGUUCCGUGGCAAAAACUACUACCUCAUUCACGGCACAUUGGACGACAAUGUACAUUAUCAACAAUCAAUGGCAUUGGCCCGUUCGCUGGAACAGAAGGAUAUUUUAUUCAAACAAAUGAGCUAUCCCGAUGAAGAUCACAGUUUGUGGGGUGUUCGAGCGCAUUUAUACCAUUCUCUGGGUCGAUUCUUUGCUGAGUGCUUUCACUUAGACAAAGAUUUGUGAUUUAUUUAAUUUGAUAAAAAUUUUGGCCAUAAAAUUACUGUUCGCACACUCGAUGUGAACAGUAAACUAUCCACCCUAAAAAUCCUUGUUCAGUAAACUCAGUUGGUGUCUUUUUUUAUAUUGCAGAAAAUUUUCAAAACAUUUUUUUAAAAAUUCGAUGCGAUUGCUAAAUUGAACUUCCAAUCGGCAGCAAUCAAAAUGUAAAAAGUUCUUAAAACUCUACGGUAUUUAAAUUCAAUUUUAUUUCUUGUUCCAUACUCUUCACCAGUUGUACUUAAUUUAAUUCGUUUUAAUGGAUUUUUAAUUCUAUAAAUUGUUAUUUUAUUUAAAUAAAAGAGAAAAGGAAAAACCUAAGUUGAGAGUUAAUAAAUGUUUAGCGGAAAAUUAAUAUAUUUUCAAAUCAAUGUAAAUAGUAGAAUGGCUUUCACACAAUAAACUGAGAGUCAUAAAUCAAUGUAAAAACAAAACAUGUCUGUGUGUGAGAUGAAAUAAAUCAAAGUAAAUAAAUUCGUGAA